CUCUGUCAUUUGAGGAAAGUUGAUCAAUCGUAGGAUAGACACCCUGCCUCUCUCGUUUGGUGCCGCUCCGAGUGGUGACAGGUUGAAUGCAGCCCCCACUCUGCACAGUUUGCAUUGAGUCCGACAUCACCCCAAGAGAACCUCUCACUUCCCCACUCCGGGCACCCUCUACAUCUUCACUCUCCUCUUCCCCAAGUUUCCGGAGCUUUUCGGCUUAAUGCCUCAAAAAAGUAAUCGCCUCUUUCGGUUUGGGCACUGCUUCAACCGUGUUGUGUUCCUCAAGCGAUCGACAUGACACUGCCGAACCGCUCAUAUCCAAGGAUGAGAAGGAGACUACACUUAAGCCUCCUAUGCAGCUUGGCGGUAGUCAUGAUUCGUCCGGUCUUUCCAUAUUCAUCCCAGGCGCAAGGGCCUGGCCUCCAUAACCACACGCUUGAAGAUUCGGCAAGGCCUCAUGAACAGCUCCAGCGAGAUGGAGGUGAUGAUUGUCGUGAACUCGGUGUCCGAAUAUGCCUAUUCGAAUGCGGGCGUUUAACUACGCGAUUCAUACGGUUCGGGGACAAACAUGCGAGGAAGCACCCGUGUCUUGUGCUUCAUAUUACUCGAGAUUGGAUGCCAGAUUCCGGUCGUCGAAUUGGUUGCCUUUGGGGUCAUACUCGUUGGGUGAGUUGAUGUCCCCACACUAUUUAUCCUCUUCUAGGCAAUUGUCUCUGGUGACUCUAGUGAUCAGAACCUUCCCUAUGAUAUAUCAAGCGAAGGAGUUGUGUUGGAUUUAUUGCAACCGGCUCCAUUGCUUAAGUUUGGCACCGUUUUCGAAACCGACUUCAUCGAAUGCCGCCUUGACGAUCGUUCUGAAAAAUCCAUUAUUUGUUCCCCUAUCCUAUCGGAGGUACUAAAGAAGGAAAAUCAUUUCUAUUUAUCAACUCUUGGGGUUAUUCGUGGACAUAUUUAGCACUAGUUACACCAAAGGGGAGCCAAUGCCUCCGCCUCUUACAGAGCUGACCCGUGCCCGAAUUGGGAACACACUCGACUUCCAUAGUCCCAAAUGAAGGGCAGUUCUAGAUAUUUCCAGCCUAAAGACUCAGAUCGUGCUGCAUCCAUGGGAACUGCAGAUCGUUAAAUCACUCGCUCCGCCUUCCGUUGAACAUUGCAAGCAC